AUGGCUAAAACCGCUCUCAUCACGGGCGCCAAUGGCAUCACUGGUUCUGCAAUUCUGGAAUACCUCGUCAAGAAUACAACCGCCUCAGAAUGGGAGCGUAUCAUCAUCACGUCUCGGUCGCCCCUGAAGACGGCCGUCAACGAUUCUCGCGUGGAAUUCAUCGCUCUCGACUUUUCCAAUCCGCCUGAGAAGCUCGCGGACCAGAUGCGCUCCCAAUGUGCUGAUGUGACCCACGCAUACUUUUCAUCCUACGUUCACAAGGACGACUUUGCCGAGCUAAACGAAGCCAAUCGCUCCCUGUUUGAGAAUUUUCUCAAUGCCUUGGUCGAUGUGGCAAAAGGCCUUCAGAACUGUACACUCCAGACUGGAGGAAAGUACUACAAUGUCCACGUCCGACCGGUUCCAUGGCCAGCUCACGAAGGCCACCCUCGUCUUGUUCGCGCCGAGGAAAACUUCUACUAUCAUCAGGAAGAUUUCUUGGCUGAGAAACAGCGCGGUUCGAAUUGGACCUGGAAUGUAAUCCGCCCAGAGGCAAUCAUCGGCUACACCACGAAGCCCAAUGGCAUGAAUGAGGCCCUUACCAUUGCACUCUACUUCUUGAUCAACAAGGAGCUGGGCGUGGAGGCCCCUAUGCCCACCAACGCUGCCUAUUUCAACGGGGUGGAUGAUGUAUCUGAUGCACGUCUCAUUGCCGACUUGACCAUUUACGCCUCAACCCACAAAAACUGUGCAAACGAAGCCUUCAACGUCACAAAUGGUGAUGUCUUCAGCUGGCGGUACAUGUGGCCCCGGUUGGCAGACUGGUUUGGAGCCAAGGCUUCGUCCAACCAGUCCUUCAACCGUACAUCUUUCAAGGAGGGUGAAACCCAUCUUGAUUUGAACCUCGAACAGUGGGCGCAAGACAAGAGGGAGGUCUGGAACAGGCUUUGCGAUAAGGCGGGUUCUCCCCUAAGCAAAGCAAGCUUUGAUGCAGGCACUUGGACUUUUCAAGAUUGGGUCUUCCAGCGGACUUGGAGUUCACCCUUGAGCAUCAACAAGGCACGCAAGUUUGGCUGGACUGGCCACCUGGACUCAUUUGAUUCCUUUGUGGACGCUUUCAAAAGAUUCAAGGAACUUGGACAGAUUCCCUGA